UCCUAUAAUGAACAUCACUCUCCUGCCUAGGGAUGCCACUGAGCCAAGAAGAAAGACCUGUGAGAGUACACAGUGCCACUUCACCCCAUGGCUGAAGAUGGUUUGCCUAAAAUUUACACUCAUCCUCCAACAGAAAACAGUAAAACACCAACUGAAGCAACCAUUUUCUUUGGGGCUGACAAUACUAUUCCUAGAACAGAAACAACUAUUACUUCAGAAGGAGACCAUAUUACUUCAGUAAAUGACUACAUGCCAGAAAGUGAUUUUUCAACAACUACAGGUAACAAACUUACACCUACAAAGGAAAAGCUCAAAUCAGAAGAUGAUGUUGAGACCCAUAUUAUUCAGCCAACAACUCAUCUGGAGAAAGAAAUUACCACUCUGACAGGCACUACAAACACCGUAGCUAAUGAGUCUGUGACUGAAAAUUUCAUUCCAAUGAAGAUGGGGAAUAUUUCGACACCACUUGCUACAGUUUCUUUAAUAGAUUUACCCACUAAAGAGGCAAAAGAUGAUAUCUUCUUGGCUACCAUUGACACCAGGGAUGAAGAUAUCUCAAUAACAUCUGAAGUCUCAGGCACACUCAAGGACAGCACCAUCAUUGACAUCAGCGAUAUAGAGAUCUCAGUAACUUCUGAAGCCUCAGGCACACUCAAAGACAGCACCACCAAUGACACCAGGGAUGAAGAGAUCUCAAUAACUUCUAAAGUCUCUGGCACACUCAAAGACAGCACCACCAAUGACACCAGGGAUGAAGAGAUCUCAAUUACUUCUGAAGCCUCGGGCACACUCAAAGACAGCACCACCAUUGACACCAGGGAUGAAGAGAUAUCAAUAACUUCUGAAAUCUCAGGCACACUCAAGGACAGCACCGCCACUGACAGCAAGGAUGAAGAGAUCUCAAUAACUUCUGAAGUCACUGGCACACUCAAGGACAGCACUGCCGGUGUUGCAGAAAUCCCUGGUUCUCCAGCUGAAAAGGUUGAAACUGAUGCUAAUUAUUUUAAUUCCUUAGUCAAAUCCAAUGUUCCUGAUGUGUCUGUCCACGCCACUGACUCCUUUAUUCCCAAGACUGAAAUCUCUCCCUCUACUGAUAAAAACUUCACCACUAUUCCAGAUAUUACUGCACUGACAGAAGAGAAAAUAACUGAAAUUGACCUAACUGUUUCAGAGGAUGACCCCAACGCUGUAGCUAAAAGUACUGACUCAGAUGAGGAAAAAUUCAUCACUGUGUUUGAACUCACUACCUCUGCUGAAAAAGAAAAAGAUAACCCAGAAGACACUUCACUAACUGAUGAAGAGUCUACCAAUGAGGUUAAUGUUUGGAUGGACAGAGAGAUUGCAAAUGAAGCAGAAACUCAUUCCGUUUUGCUUACUGCCGUUGAAUCCAGAUAUGACUUUGUUGUUCCGGCAUCAACAACUAUAAACUUUGUGGAAGAAUCAUCUACUAAGACAACAGAAGAUCUAUCUGAAGAUAAUAGAACAGAAUAUGAAAUACGGGUCACUGAGCCAUUUUCUGAAACUACCCCUGUAUUAGAGACCCCAAACCACAAGGAAGACACCUCUGUUACUGAAACGGGUAUCUUUAAACUACUAAAAGAAGAUCCAGAUGAGUUCAUGAUGUGAAAGCAGCAAAAGGGGUACUAUGUAGAAAUCAUGCAAUAGCAAGACAGCUAGUCUUAAAAAUCUAAGUUUUUUCCAGCAAGUAAGCACUUGAAAACUGAAAGAAAGUGGGAACU